AGACUGCACAAGCGUUGUGGCUUCAUCCUGAUGGGCUUUUUGUUGUGGAUUAUUGAGAUAUUUGUUAGAUAUUUGUCAGGUAGCACUGCUGGUAAAUAUGCCGAUUAGCAGUUAGCAUAUUUUUGUUUUAUUGGGAUUAUAAAUCCUGUCUGUUGUGUCACUUUGUAAAGGGAUAAAAUGUUAAGCGUGGAGUCGUUGCAAGUGGCUGAGGAGGAGGUGGUUGAAUCCAGCUCCAAUAAACUCGGUGACAUUUACACCUUUGUGGCUAAAGGCUGCUUUCCUCACACUAUGAAUCCUUUACGAAAGAAGAAUCUCAAAAGAUACGCCCAGAAGUUUAUCAUUGAUGAGGGCAAGCUGUUCUAUGUGGGACCCAAGAAAGAAGAGAAGAGGGAGGUGGUGAUAGAGGCUGAGAGGAAGAGGCAGAUUUUUCUCGACUGCCACUUCAAUGACAUCGGUCAUCACCUGGGCCAAAAGAAGACGGUCCACAGGAUCCAGAGCAAGUACUACUGGCUGGGGAUCGUUAAGGACGUAGUGGAUUGGAUAAAAGUAUGUGAGACCUGUCAGCACACAGAGAGGAAUAAAAACCUGGCAAGGACUGUUCGGCCUAUAAAAGUGGACGCUCCUUGGGAUAUUGUUGGGAUCGACAUAACAGGGCCUUUCCCAGAGACGCAGCAAGGCAACACCAGUGUCACAGUCCUCAUUGAUUAUUUCAGUAAAUGGCCAGAAGCUUUUCCAGUGAAAAAGACUGAUGCUCUCUCUGUUGCGAAAUGUAUUUCCAAAUGCAUAUACAGGUUUGGUGCCCCUAAAACAAUAGUGUGUACACAGAAUGCUGACUUCUGUGAUGAGGUGACAAAGCUGCUGUGCGACAGGUGGAGCAUUGUGCAGAAGGUGUCUCCUCUGGAUCAACCUCAGCUCAACCCGCUGCACGACUGCACGAGUCCUUUGCUGAAGGAAGCCAUUUUUCAGAUGGUAACUGAGAAGCAGGUGGAGUGGGACGACUUCCUGGACCCUGUUCUGUUUCUCUUCAGGACGUCCACCAACCCUACGACCAAGUUCAGCCCUUACUCCCUAAUGUUUAACAGGAAAGCUAAUUUACCAAACGAGACUAACUUGAGCCUGCUGAAUUAUGACGACCAAGAGCAGGAUAUGUAUUCCACAAAGGAGAAGGCCUCGUCGUAUAUGACCAUAAUGCAGGAACAACAGAACUCUGUGAAGCAGCUGGUGAUAGCCAAUAUGAACGCUGCUUACAAACAAGAGAAGAAGAAGAACACCAAGAGGAGAACACAUAACAUGCGCUCGAUGACUUUUAAAAUCGCAGAUCCUCUUUUCUGUGCAGGAGACUCGCCCUCACCCAAAAAACUGAAAGACGGUAUAUAUUUAUCUUUUCCUGUUGAGACGGUGCUGGCCACCGAGCAAAGCAGCUCGGAGGACAUGAAGACUGAGCUAGCAUAUCACUUAGCGGAGUCUGACGUUCACUGAGGAGGACCGGGAAGAAAAUUGAACAGAUCAGUGGAGCACGAACAUGUGUUGUCAUGAGCUGCCUGAAGUCUUGGACAGAAGAUGGAAAUCCAGAUGUCGAUUAUUGCUGCUAACGCUCACGUCCGCUGGUUGAUGUUUCACUGGUGUUCAAAACCAGAAUACACAAGGCAAAGAAAUUGCAGUGAACAUUGACCAACAUGAAUUGUUGAGCUUUUUCCCCUAUUUCCCUAUUAACAUCAUUUCCCAUGAAAAUGAUGUUAACUUAUUUUUUUCCAUUUGUGUCAUUUUUAAGCUACAAUACAUGGUGUAUAGUCAUUACCUGGUGGUAAAUCUGAUAUUGCUUAUGAGGAUUUGUUAAAUAAAUGAGUCAGAUGCAUUUGUAAUAGUGGAGUUUCAGUUUCCAAGUGUUGGCUCAGUGAUGCAACAGUAUGGUACCUACCUUGCUCCAUAUGAAGCAUGUCAAAAAAACUCAUGGUAAAGUAGGUUGAUAAAGGUAAAAAAAACAACAACAUGGUGUAGUGUGUGAAAAAAGUCAUAGAAUAGUUUUUGUUUUUUUUAUCAUAAAAAAGUCAUAGAAUAGUACGUUGGAAAAAAAGUCUGAAAAAAAUCAUAAUACAGCAGGUCAAAAUGAGUCAUAC